GGUGGGCAUUGAUUAGAGAAAGUCCAGAAAAACGAGGCGUGUGCCAUGUCGCUGGCUUGGUGAUGGAAUGGGUCAACUGGCGGAAGUGGAGAAGACACUGAGCGAGAGAUGGCUGGACGGCCUGGAGCCUUCCACCAUAAACACGGCGCCAACAUUCGUCUAAAGGAAAACGAUACGGUCGCGCAUAGGGUCGAUAGCUACAACAAAGCGGUUGUCUUUACGGAGCAACCGAUCCCUCUAGGAGCAAUGUUUCAAGUUAGGAUACUGGACAAGGGCGGCGGAUGGGCAGGAUCCAUUAGGUUUGGAUUCACGGUGUGUUGCCCAGACUCCAUCCCGGUGCCGAGCGGAGCCCUGGAUCUGUACCGCAGCAGUGACUACUGGAUCCUCUCUGCCAGCACCGUCCACCACAACGGGCAAGAGAGGAAAGUGGACUUCAAUCUCGAACAGCUUAGGGUCGGACAGACGAUCGGCUGCGUGGUGAACAAGGAGGGACAGAUGAAGUAUUUUGUGGACGGGAAAGAGCCGGGAUACCUGGGGUGGACUGGGUUACCCACCGACAAGCCGCUGUGGGGGUUUGCAGAUAUAUAUGGACUAGCCAGAAAGAUAAAGUCAGAGUUUCUAUGUGGUGAGUGAGUUAGGGAACAAUGACUAUUAGUCUGUGGCCAUUGACAAGUUAAGUUCACCUUGAAAGAAAGGAUGUGGAUAGGAUCGUUUGUAAGAACAAGUCCCAUGUCUUAGAGACUCAGUCCCAAUACUCUUGAGUGUGUAGUCUAGUGCUACGCCAGGUCCUCGAGUGGUCCUUUCUCUUGUUACAGAUGAAGUGAUGAGCUGUAGCGAGGAUUCGGAUUUAGAUGUCACGGGGUGACCUUUGCACCCCUGACCACGCCCACUUUUCUGUCAGCUCGCUCGCUCAAUCUUCUCUUUCUUUCUCUCUUCCUGCUCCCCCUCUCUCUCUGUCUUGGACUAACUAUAAUCCAUCCAGCCACUCUCUUCCCAGCCACC